UUUGGGGGUGGGGCGGGGCUAACGUUCGCUCUCCCAGGCUUGGGGGCGGGCGGGAGUGGCGGUCGGGUCCGGGAUCGACGCACUCCGCCGGGGAGGCUCCAAAGGGAAGGCACUCGGGUCCUGCGAGCGGCGUCCUGAACGGCGGCGCUAGGACCCCGUGGGGAGCGGCGGGGGCGGAGCAGGCGGCACCAGGACCCGGGGGAACCGCGGCAGGCGGGCGGCGAGCAGGCCCGGGGGCCGGGAAGCUGCGGGCGGCGGCGCUGGGCCCGGCGCGGCGAGAGAGGCCCUGAGAUGCCGAGCAAGAAGAAGAAGUAUAACGCGCGGUUCCCGCCGGCGCGGAUCAAGAAGAUCAUGCAAACUGACGAAGAGAUUGGGAAGGUGGCGGCGGCUGUGCCUGUCAUCAUCUCCCGGGCGCUUGAGCUCUUCCUGGAGUCGCUGUUGAAGAAGGCCUGCCAGGUGACCCAGUCCAGAAACGCCAAGACCAUGACCACAUCCCACCUGAAGCAGUGUAUUGAGCUGGAGCAGCAGUUUGACUUCUUGAAGGACCUGGUGGCCUCUGUGCCUGACAUGCAGGGAGACGGGGAAGACAACCACAUGGAUGGGGACAAGGGUGCCCGCAGAUGGACUGUGCCUUCCCGAAGGGGCCGGAAGCCAGGCAGCGGUGGCCGGAAGAAUGGUGGGAUGGGAAGCAAAGGCAAGGACAAGAAGCUGUCGGGGACGGACUCGGAGCAGGAGGAUGAGUCUGACGACACCGACACUGACGGGGAAGAGGAGACGUCACAGGCUCCACCACAGGCCAGCCACCCCCCUGCCCACUUUCAGAGCCCCCCGACACCCUUCAUGCCCUUCACCUCGAGUCUGCCUCUGCCCCCGGCCCCCCCGGGCCCCUCAGCACCUGACGCAGAGGAUGAAGAAGACUAUGACUCCUAGCGCCCUCUGCCCCCCAGGCCACACCCCCUUUUAGCUGGUUUUAGUUGCUCUGGGGGGAGGAGAGAAGGUAGAGCUGUUCUUAAAUUUAUUAAACAAUUAAUAAUAAAAGGGAA